AUGGCCACUGAUAUCAGAUACGAAGAGGAGUACAUCCUAAACUCAAGAGGAAUGAAGCUUUUCACAUGCCAAUGGCUUCUGGGGGAUGACAAACCACCCAAGGCGUUGAUCUUCAUCUGCCAUGGCUACGGCAUGGAGUGCAGCAUCACCAUGAAGAGUACAGCAACCAGACUAGCCGAAGCGGGGUUUGCCGUAUACGGGAUAGAUUACGAAGGCCAUGGAAAGUCGUCAGGGCUUAAGGGCUAUGUCAAGAGUUUCGAUCGUGUUGUUGAGGACUGCACCAACCACUUUACAAAUAUAUGUGCAAGAGAAGAGAACAAAGGUAAAAAGAAGUAUCUGUUGGGAGAGUCGAUGGGAGGAGCAGUGGCUCUUCUUGUUCAUAGGAAAAAGCCACAGUACUGGGAUGGUGCGGUCUUAGCUGCACCUAUGUGCAAGAUUGCAGAUGAUAUGAGGCCAUCUCCUACUGUGAUCAGUGUUUUGAAGAAGCUCUGCAGGGUUAUUCCGACUUGGAAAAUAAUCCCCACGCAUGAUAUCAUCGAUGUUGCGUUUAAAGAACCUGAGGUUAGGAAACAGACGAGGGAGAACCCUUACUGCUACAAAGGCCGACCUCGUCUGAAAACCGGCUACGAACUCCUGAGGGUCAGCACAGAUAUUGAACAGAGGCUUCAGGAGAUCACAUUGGCUUUCCUAGUUCUCCAUGGCGAAGAGGAUGAAGUUACUGACCCAUCAGUUAGCAAACUGCUUUACGAGGAGGCAUCGAGUUGUGAUAAGACACUGAAGUUGUAUCCAAAUAUGUGGCACGGUCUGCUCUAUGGAGAACCACUUGAGAAUACUGAGAUUGUGUUUUCAGACAUAAUCAACUGGUUAGACGGGAGAAGUGCCUGCUGA